GGCGGCGUUUUGCGUUUCCGGUUUUGGGGCGGCCAGCGAGUAGGGAGGCGGAGUAGUUGGUUUGGUGCGGUAGCCGCUGGGCAAAUCUUCUAUUACUCAGGAAAUAUGAUACGCUUCAUUCUGAUUCAAAACCGGGCCGGCAAGACGAGGUUAGCCAAGUGGUACAUGAACUUUGACGACGAUGAGAAGCAAAAGCUGAUCGAAGAAGUUCACGCCGUCGUCACGGUCCGAGAUGCCAAGCACACGAAUUUCGUCGAGUUCCGCAACUUCAAGAUAGUGUACCGGCGCUACGCUGGCCUCUACUUCUGCAUCUGUGUGGACGUGCACGACAACAACCUGGCCUACCUCGAGGCCAUCCACAAUUUUGUGGAAGUGCUGAACGAGUACUUCCACAACGUUUGUGAGCUGGACCUCGUCUUCAACUUCUACAAGGUGUACAGUGUCGUGGACGAGAUGUUCCUAGCCGGCGAGAUCCGAGAGACGAGCCAGACUAAAGUCCUCAAACAGCUGCUGGUCUACAACUCGCUGGAGUGAAGCGGGCUGGGCGCAAACACACACACACGGAAAAAAAAAAAAAGCUCGCUUCUCCUUCCACCUCACCACGCACUGACAUGCAUGCAGAAGGGAAAACGGACAGGUUCGACCGGGAGAGAAGAGAGGCAGCGGCAGGCCGGCGGCACCAGUGACGGCGCGCACGUCGACAAAACAACCACAUUCCCCUUUGAACUGCUUCCACGUCGCGCGUUUGUUUGCGGAAGAGACUCUCUGGCAUGCCGAGUCUUCCGCCUUUUGAGUACAUCCCUCCUUUCUUUUCGUUCUGCAGUUGCCUGGCCGCUGCACGCGCCUCUCCGUUUUACUCACUAGCACUCGCGCGCCAACGGCACCAGCAAUACUCGUCUCCUUCCCAAACUCUAGGUGCCCGUCCCCCUCACAACCUCGAUGCUCUGAAGUGCGAUGCAUGCUUUCUUCUCUUUGCCGAUCUGUUUCAGAAGGGUUAGGUUCUCGGUACGGAUUGUCGGGCCCGUCAGACUUCUUUUGCGGUCACUAAAAAGCUGCAAUGGGGAGCCGCAUUCGAAAUGCCAGCGCGAGUGCAGCUAUGCCGACGUUUUGUUAGCUCGACGAUGACAAAUUUGUUUUUGGUCGGCGCAAGCGUCAAAACCGCACUCUGAAAACGGCUGUGAUCUUUGGGGGGUACCUUUCUGUCACACAGCAAUGAUCAUCUGCGGUCUUGUUUCACCGUCACUUCCGGUACUGCCAUGUCUCGGGCGUCACACAGGCUAUCAUUGCGACAGCUUUCUUUAGAGGUAAGUGGCGAGGUUUUUCGAAGCAAACACAAGAGAGCUUGAAAACGAUUAUUGUUGUGUGACAAAGGUUCUCCAAAGCAUGCAACUGUUAUUAGAGUGCAAGACUGGCUGCCCUGCUUUUUUUUUUUCUCUUUUUAUCAAACCUUUUUUUCUUUAGGAGUUUGUCGGUUUUCUUUUCAAGUUAGCAGUUCUUUCUUUUCAGGUUGGUGCAGUUCAGGACACAGCGACGCUUGUUGCAUAGCAGCACAGCCGAAGCUCAAAGAACGCGUGUCAGUGACCACUUUCACGAGCACAACGUUAACUUAACGUCUACGGCACGGCGGUUGCCGCAAACGAAAGUGUGUACUUAAUUGCAAACAUUGCUUUUCCGUAAACACGUCUAGCUUGUAUCUUCUGUUGAGUGAAAUAAGGCAGUUGUACAGAGAGCAUUGCCUCUUUUGACACACUAACCCGCUGCACGAAUGCUGUUAUCGACAGUUUAACUAGCUUUCUCCCUCUUCACUUGUAAUAGUUUAAGCUGCACAAGAGUUAACGUGUAUCUUUCUGUGUCGCUCGCUGUUCGUGUACAUCGAUCCAAGGUAAUGUUGACUGCUUGGUUAUGGAGUGCACCGCAGGUCAACUCGUACGGCUUGCGUGUGGCACUGUGAUGGUUUUUGUGGAGGGACUCGGGGGAAGGGGGGUUGUGGGAAGCUGUACCAGUGGUGUGUAGUAUUAUGUAAAGUCAUAACCUGUAUAACAAAUGUGUACAUAAAAUGCCUAUCCUUACCGAUAA